CGCGCGCUCCCCGGCUCCCUCCCCGACUCCGCCGCACGCUGCAGCCGGCUGGAAGAUGGCGGGGACUGACUGCGGCGCGCUGCUGGACGACGAGCUGUCCUCCUUCUUCCUCAACUACUUCGCCGACGCGCAGAGUUGGGGUUCCGGCGAAGAGCAACUCUAUGCUGAUUUUCCAGAGCUUGACCUCUCCCAGCUGGAUGCCAGUGACUUAGACUCAGCCACCUGCUUUGGGGAGCCUCAGUGGUGCCCAGAAAACCCUGAGACAGAACCCAGCCCCUACAGCCCUGAUGACUUGGAACUUUUCCAGAUCAUUGGCAGCGAGAAUGAGGCCCUCCUGGCCGCAUUCACCAAGACCCUGGACGACAUCCCUGAAGAUGACAUGGGUCUGGCUGCCUUCCCGGCGCUGGAUGGUGGAGAUGUGCUGUCCCGUGCUUCAGCUUCACCUGCCCCAUCCUCUGCACCCCCCAGUCCCUCCCCCGAGGGGCCCCAGGCCCCCAACUCUGAGGUGGAUGAGCUCUCACUGCUGCAGAAGCUCCUCCUAGCUACAUCCUACCCUGCAUCAAGCUUGGAUACUCAGAAGGAAGGGCCCUCCUCGUGCCAGCCAGGCGUUCGGUCCAAGAGUCAUCGGUCUUGUGUCAAGGUGGAUGCCACCCAAGACAAGAGGGCCCCGCUGACACCGUCCCAGAGCCGGAGCUAUUCGGAACUGCAUAAGCACCUCGUCUCUGUGCCCCCUUGCCUCCAGGCCAGAGCACGUGCCCUGGACAGGCGCCUGCAGACUCCAGAACCCCUCAGUCCCCAUUUCCCUGACCAGGAUGAAGCAGAGCAGAGCAAGGACUGCCCAAGCCCCCAGCCAACCCAAGUCUCUCCCCAGGAAUCCCCUGCCCCGGGCCAGCUGGGCUCUAAUACCCCAAUUCCUCAGGAGGAUAUGCAGGCUGUGGUUCAGCUAAUCAGCUACAUGCACACUUACUGUCUCCCCCAGAGGAAAAUUCCCCCACAGGCCUCCAAACCAGCCCCUCAACCCUGUGGCAGCCCUCUCAGGCAGCCCCGAGCCCGCCCCAGCCCCCAGCACUCUUCCAAAUCCUCCUGGGCUGAGUUCUCCAUCCUGAGGGAACUUUUGGCUCAAGACCUCCUCUGUGAUGUCAGCAAACCCUACCGCCUGGCCACACCUGUCUAUGCCUCCCUCACGCCCAAGUCCUGCUCCCCCAAGGACAGCUCUGCCUCCCUCGACACCCCAUCCCAUGGGGACAAGGUGCAGAUGGCAGCCACGCCCCAAAGCGCAGGAUCCAAGCCCAGCCUGCGUCCACUGCGACUCAAUGUGAGGGGGUGGCUUAGCCGACCCACCAGGCUGCCCCUAAACGGAGAGGAUGAGGAAGAUGGAGAUGAAGAAAAAGAGGCAGAGGAAGAGGAGGAGAAUGAGGAAGACGAGGAGGAAGAAUGGGGCCGGAAAAGACCGGCUCGAAGCCUGCCAUGGACCAAGCUGGGGCAGAGACUGGACGGGGGCCUGUGUCCGGUGAGGCGCUCACGGAGACUGAACCCAGAGCUGGGGCCCUGGCGGAGCUUCACUGAGGAGACAGUGGGGCCCAAGCCCCAGGGAGCUCCGUCCUCCUUGCACCUGGAUCCCAAGGCCUAUGACAUGGACAGGGAAAUGACCAGCCCCGUGCACAAGGACAGUGUCCAGGACCAGCAGCUCCUGCAGGGACCCAAGAUCCCGACUCUGGAGAGCCCUUGUGAGAGCGGGUGUGGAGACACAGAUGAGGACCCCAGCUGCCUGCAGCUCCCUGGCAGAGACUCUCCCAGGUGCCUCAUGCUGGCCUUGUCACAAAGUGACCCUCCUUUUGGCAAGAAGAGCUUUGAGCAGACCUUGACUGUGGAGCUCAGUGGCACAGCAGGACUCACCCCACCCACCACGCCCCCAUACAAGCCCACAGAAGAGGACCCCUUCAAACCAGACAUCAAGCACAGCUCAGGCCAGGCCAAAGCUCCCAGCCUCAGCAGCUCAGAGGGUCUCCCACCCAUGCCCACGGCAGGGGGUGCCCACAGGUUGCCCAAGAAGCACCCUGAGCGGAACGAGCUGCUAUCACACUUGCAGCUCACUGGGACCCCCCCGGCCACCUCCCAAGCCGGCCAGAAGCGCCCCUUCUCCUGUUCCUUCGGAGACCAUGACUACUGCCAGGUGCUCAGGCCCGGCAGCACCCUACAGAGGAAGGUGCUGCGGUCCUGGGAGCCAUCAGGGCUCUCCCAGGAGGACUGGCCGCAGCAGGCUGCCCCGUGUGCCCAGACGCCAUCCACUGGCAGGAAGGAGGACAGUGUGCUGCUGAGGGACCAAGAGAUUCGCGCCAGACUCACCAAACACUUUGGGCUCCUGAAGAAUGCCCUGGAGGACGAGGACCUCGCCUCGUGCAAGAGCCCUGAGUACGACACUGUCUUCGAGGACAGCAGUAGCAGCAGUGGUGAGAGCAGCUUUCUCCUGGAGGAGGACGGGGAGGAGGACAAUGAAGACGAGGACUCAGGGGUCAGCCCCCCUUGCUCUGACCACUGCCCCUACCAGAGCCCCCCAAGCAAGGCUGCUCGGGCCCCGUGUUCCCGCAGCCGUUCCAGCUCUGGCUCCUCCUGCCGCUCCCGCUCACCAGCCUCCCGGCGAACUUUCAGAUGUGGAAGUAGAGGGUCCUGCUCUGAUAGACUGCCAAGCUCCCGACAUGCCACAAAGAGGCGUGAAAAGGCCACUGGUGAAGGUCGCGUGGUGUACAUUCGAAACCUCUCCAGCGACAUGAGCUCCCGUGAGCUGAAAAGGCGCUUCGAAGUGUUUGGUGAAAUUGUAGAGUGCCAGGUGCUGACUAGGAACAAGAGGGGCGAGAAGUAUGGUUUCAUCACCUACCGGUGUUCAGAACAUGCGGCCCUCUCUCUGAAGAACGGCGCUGCCCUGAGAAAGCGGAAUGAACCCUCUUUUCAGCUGAGUUAUGGGGGGCUCCAGCACUUCUGCUGGCCUCGGUACACUGACUAUGAUUCCAAUUCAGAAGAGGUCCUUCCUGCGUCGAUGAAAACCAAGUAUGAAGCCAUGGAUUUUGACAGCUUACUGAAGGAAGCCCAGCAGAGCCUGCAUUGAUAACAGCCUUAACUUUCGAGGAAUACCUCAAUACCUCAGACAAGGCCCUUCCAAUAUGUUUACGUUUUCAAAGAAAUUAAGUCUAUGAGAAGGAACGAGCGAGUGCAUGAGAGAACACAUGAGAGCGCGAGAGAACGAGAGUGAGAGACUUGAAACUGCUGUCCUUUUCAAAUGAAUCAAUGUUUACAUUGAACAAAGCUGCUUCUGUCUGUGAGUUUCCAUGGUGUGACGACCUGCUGCCACCUUAGAGUCCUUGCUUCCGCCCUGGCUGUCCACACCCACGACCCCAGAGACAUGCAGCUGUGUUCACCGUAACAUUUCUUGUCUGUAGUGUGUGAUGAUGAAAUUGUUACUCGUGAAUAGAAUCAGGAUUAUAAACUCAUUUUUAAUUGAAGAAAAAAAUGCAUAUUCUUAAAAUAAUGUAUUUAUAGCUCAGAUGUACUGGGCCUGGGAUUAUUGUAUUGCUUCCUUGAUUUUUUAACUAUGCACUGUUGUGAGGUGUUUGCCAUUGAGCUGCCCUGCUCCCUUUGUCAGUUUGUCCUGGAGGUGCUAGGUGGGCCCCAGAGAAGCUCAGCCAAUAGCCAGUUCCAGGAGCAGAGGGAGAAGUUCCUAGGCCAUUUCUGUUGAGCCCUGCCCUAUCUCAUUCUGAGCCAUUUGGGUCCAGUCACCAUCAGAGUCCUCACUAUAUUUCCACCUUGUGCUUGGAGCAUGUGCCUGGCAGUCUUCCCUCUGUACUGCUCUCCUGUCAUGCAUGAUCAUAUGCAGGUGCCUCCCCAGGGCCAGCCCAGCCUCCACCCCUGACUGGCUAGCCCCAGGGUCUCACAGGCUGAACGUAGGGGUAAAGAGUUAAGUUCAACUGACUUAGUCAACAAGCUAGACACCUUUAGGCUCAUUAAGGGUAGGCAAAGGCUAGCUUGCCCACUUUUGGCAAGUUCAGGUUUUGUGUGCCUUGAUCCAAAGAAUAUUCACUUGUGAACAUGCCAGUGACACCUGCUGGAGUGACACAUAGGUGGUCUGGGAGUUAUUACCCACUUGGGGCCAUUCCUCAACCCAGUUUCUUCCUGUCCUCUUCUAUCCCCCCUUGUAAAGUCAUUUUGGUGGUGUGGAAAAGGGAAGCCUAGGGCUUGGGGACCCAGGGGUGGAUAGGACCUUCUCAAGCUCUUUUGCAAUGUGAGAAAUAUUUUGGGGGGCUUCCCCUGUCACUGGGUCUUGUUUCUCUAAGGCAUUCUAGGUCCAUGGUCCCACCGAGUCCAGGGUGAGGCAUUUCUGUUUCUUCAAACAUAGCAGUUGACCUAACCUCUUCCAGACAUCAGUGUUCGGAGAAAAACUUUUGUUUCAAAAAGGCGGAAAAGAGAAAAGGUCCUGCUGCAUAAAAAAAAGUUCGAAAUGAACUCAUUGAACAAACUCAUUUAAUCCAUGAUGAAUGUCAAGCCUGGCUCCUUUAGAAUCGCAACUGAUUGUUGGUUUUGUUUGUUUAAGGAUUGCGAAAUCCUUAAAUAGUUCAACUGAGCUGGUGAGCUAGCCCAGCAUGGACUCACACUUCCAGCCCAUGGAGGAGAUGGGAGAUAGAUAGGUCUGGGUUAGAAUGGGAAAUUUAAUCUCCUGUGUGUCAAGUCCCUUGACCACUCUGGUUCCAGGAUUUUUUUUUUUUCUGUGAAGUGGACUGAGAGAGUAAUUAAACAAGAUGGUCUCUAAGGUCCCUGCUAGAUGACAGUUAACCUGAUGCAUACACACACCCCACUACCCCCAUAUCUUUAACCACUGGCAGACGUAACUAAUCAGCCUUGCAUUGGUACUCUUUAAACCUGCUACUAGGAGACUCAGCACAGUCCUUGAGGCAGCCAGAAUAAAUCAGAUUUGGCAUGUUUGAGAUCUAGUCAAUCUUCGAAUGAUUUCUCUGCACAUAACCAUGUGGUGGCUGGGGUUCAUUAUAAGAAGGUUCAUGUUGACCCAACCCUGCCCAUCCUGCUCUGAGUAAAUCCCUUAAGCCAUUUCUUAGCACUGGAUUUCCAGGACCUCCAUAACACAUAGUGCCAGCUGGGGUGGGGCAAGUGGAUGGAUCAGCAGCCACGAACAAUUGGGGAAGGCAGGGACCAAAUAAACAAAGGACUUUCUGUAGCACAGACCCAAACAUUCUAUAUUUUAUAGCUAUUCACUGCCUAGCACAGAGUAGGCACACAACAUACAGCUAUGGGGUACAAGGGAUAGGAGUGAAAUCUGUCUGCUGUCACCUCCUAUGUCCUUUCUAGUGCCAGGGAGUAAGAUUGCAUCCUGCAGAAGUCUAGUUCAGUUUCCAGAUAUCAGGGAUGAAUGCUGGCCCCACCAGGAACUUCCCCUGGUGACCUAGAUAAGCCCCACCCUCCCUGGCAGAUUCCUGACGGGGACCCUAAGAGUCCUUAAUGGUACCAAGAUGGAGGCACUGCUGUGGGUUGGUGGAGCCUGAGAAUUAAGUACAGGUUUGAAAUGAAGGGUCAGUUUCUCAUUUUUUUCUCCCGUGCUCCUGGAUCAUCUAAAGCUGCCCUUCCUUUCAGAUUCCCCAAGGACACUUGACAUGACUUAGAUCUUGGCCCUUGGACUGAACAGAGAACCAAGCUUCGUGUUGGAAUCUGAGGAGCUGCUGGGCUGGGUUGGGCUGGGCACUUCUGAUGCGAGAGGGUACCUUUCACUG